CCAGCUCCAGGCACCAUGCUCCCCGCGGGGCCCCCCAGCCACACCUUCCGCUGGCUCCCCCUGCUGCAGUUGCUGCUGCUUCUGGUGCAAGCCGUGGGGAGGGGGCUGGGCCGUGCCAGCCCGGCCGGGGGCCCCCUGGAAGAUGUGGUCAUCGAGAGGUACCACAUCCCCAAAGCCUGUCCCCGGGAGGUGCAGAUGGGGGACUUUGUGCGGUACCACUACAACGGCACUUUCGAGGAUGGCAAGAAGUUUGACUCGAGCUAUGACCGAAGCAGCUUGGUGGCCAUUGUGGUGGGCGUGGGGCGCCUCAUCACCGGCAUGGACCGGGGCCUCAUGGGCAUGUGUGUCAACGAGCGGCGACGUCUCAUUGUGCCUCCCCACCUGGGCUACGGCAGCAUCGGCGUGGCAGGGCUGAUUCCCCCGGAUGCCACCCUCUACUUCGACGUGGUGCUGCUGGAUGUGUGGAACAAGGAGGACACCGUGCAGGUGAGCACCUUGCUGCGCCCGCCCCACUGCCCCCGCAUGGUCCAGGACGGCGACUUUGUCCGCUACCAUUACAACGGCACACUGCUGGAUGGCACCGCCUUCGACUCCAGCUACGGUAGGGGCGGCACUUAUGACACCUACGUUGGUUCUGGUUGGCUGAUCAAGGGCAUGGAUCAGGGGCUGCUGAGCAUGUGUCCUGGAGAGAGAAGGAAGAUCGUCAUCCCUCCUUUCCUGGCCUAUGGCGAGAAAGGCUAUGGGACUGUGAUCCCUCCAGAGGCCUCCCUGGUCUUCCACGUCCUACUGAUCGACGUCCACAACCCAAAGGACACUGUCCAGCUGGAGACACUGGAGCUGCCCCCUGGCUGUGUCCGGAGAGCCAUGGAUGGGGACUUCAUGCGUUAUCACUACAACGGCUCACUGAUGGAUGGCACCCUCUUUGAUUCCAGCUACUCCCGCAACCACACCUACAAUACCUAUAUCGGACAGGGUUACAUCAUCUCUGGGAUGGACCAGGGGCUGCAGGGUGCCUGCAUGGGGGAGCGCCGGAGGAUCACCAUCCCCCCCCACCUUGCCUACGGGGAGAACGGAACCGGAGACAAGAUCCCUGGCUCUGCUGUGCUGAUCUUCGACGUCCACAUCAUAGACUUCCACAACCCUGCAGACCCAGUGGAAAUCAAGACACUCUCCCGGCCCCCGGAGGCCUGCAACGAGACCUCCAAAGUUGGGGACUUUGUUCGAUACCACUACAACUGCUCUCUGCUGGACGGCACCAAGCUCUUCUCCUCCCAUGACUAUGGGGCUCCCCAGGAGGUGACCCUGGGGGCCAACAAGGUGAUCACAGGCCUGGACACGGGCCUGCAGGGCAUGUGCGUGGGAGAGAAGCGGCAGCUCGUGGUGCCCCCGCACCUGGCGCAUGGGGAGAGCGGAGCCCGGGGGGUCCCUGGCAGUGCUGUGCUGCUGUUUGAGGUGGAGCUGGUGUCCCGGGAGGAGGGGCUGCCCACAGGCUACCUGUUUGUGUGGCACAAUGAUCCUCCGGCCAACCUGUUUGAAUACAUGGAUCUCAACAAGGAUGGAGAGGUCCCUCUGGAAGAGUUUUCCACCUUCAUCAAGGCCCAAGUGAAUGAGGGCAAAGGACGUCUCAUGCCUGGGCAGGACCCUGAGAAAACCAUAGGGGACAUGUUCCAGAACCAGGACCGUAACCAAGACGGCAAGGUCACCGCUGAGGAACUCAAGCUGAAGUCGGACGAAGACCAGGAGCUGGUCCAUGAGGAGCUCUGA